CCUGUCUCGGGCCGGGCCGCCAGAUAGCCACUCAAGAAAACAUCAUGAAAGAUACUGACAUCAAGAGACUACUGUAUACUCACCUUUUAUGCAUAUUUUCAGUUAUACUGAGUAUCUUCAUUCCAUCAUUCUUCUUGGAGAACUUCUCAGUCCUGGAGACACACUUGACUUGGUUGUGUGUAUGUUCGGUUUUUGUAACUGCCGUCAAUCUUGUUUUAUAUUUAGUGGUGAAACCAAAUGUAUCCUCUAAAAGAAGCUCAUUAUCAUACAAGAUAACCAGACUCUUGAAGUGCUGUAUCUACUUUCUUCUAUCUUGUUGCAUCUUUCAUAUUAUUUUUGUUCUAUAUGGAGCACCACUAAUAGAGUUGGUGUUGGAGACCUUUUUAUUUGCAGUUACCUUGUCUACGUUCACCACUGUUCCUUGUUUGUGUUUGUUGGGACCGAAUAUCAAAGCAUGGUUAAGAGUUUUCAGUAAAAAUGGAGUGACCUCUAUUUGGGAGAACAGUCUUCAGAUAACUACAAUUUCUAGUCUUGUAGGAAGUUGGCUGGGAGCCUUUCCUAUUCCACUUGACUGGGAAAAACCGUGGCAGGGGUUACUCCUGGCUAUGUGCUCAGAAAUCACUCCUGGUUUGGGGAACCAUAUGGGAUGCCAGGGAUCAAACCGAGGUCUGUCCUAGGUUGGCACGUGCAAGGCAGAACGCCCUACCGCCUGCGCCACCGCUCUGGCCAAAACAUCACAGUUUUUAACAAUGUGCCAGUAACCUAAGUUUUAAUGUGACUCUCAUAAAAUCGUUUUGUUCAUUCAAGUAGGGAUUCCUUUUCCUCCUAUCACUGUAGAUGGGUGUCAUCUAAUUCGGGCAGAUCUCAGGGCCAUGGGUGUCUAGUUAACCUGUUUCUUUCUUCCAGCUACCAGCAUUUUUUUUUUGACCUUUAUGAAUAUGUACUGGAGCUUUCAAAUGACUCAAAAUUUCAGGAAUUUUAUAUUUAUAUUUGCUGCCUUUUCAGGACCUUAGAUUCGUAAUUGUUUUGGGGACACACAAGGGUAACUCCUUGCU